AUGUUCCAAAAUCAAUCAAUCGAGGAUAUGUCGUCAAGUAUGGAUAUAUUUGAACCCGAAACCAGAGCUGAAGUGAACGACAAACGCGCAAAAGCUAAUGUGGAAAGUACAUCACGGUCGCCUUCAAAAGCUCGGUCAUUAUCAGAUGGCGGUCAACCGACGCUUUCACCGUCUCCAAAAUUUUGCGAAUCAGAGAAGCCAAUAUCCAAAGAUGAUAGUUCCCUUUCCGAAAGUCCGACGACUCCAAGGCGACCUGCAUUCCCUCGAGGCCUUUCACUGCAGAUGCCACCAAAGGAUUUUAUGCCAUUAGGACCAUCAGGAUAUAUCAAUCGAGCACCUUUAUCACCAAAAUUAGAUCAAUCGCAGACAUAUGGGUCGCCUACAAGUGUGUUGCCUAGACGAUCCCGAGGUUUAGAUUUUUCAAGAGCUGCUACGAAUCUUCAUCACUCCACACUCGCAGAGCAUUCGUCGCCUGAUUCUUCGCCUACAAUAACUGGCAGAGCAAUGAACAUCCCGAAUAGAAAAAAUGGGUUAAACUUUACUAGCGUUGGGGAAGGUUCCUUAUGGUCUCCCAUGGCAAAUACAGAAAGAAUGACUGUAUCCAACUCGCUCGGCAGUGUUAACAUGAUGGUCUCUGAUUCUUCCGAAAGUAGUUGCGACGACGAUGAUUUGAUGGAAUCAGAUGACAUCGAUGACUCUAUUCUUACAACACCUCAGAUUAAUAGGAUGACAGCACCUUACUUCGGAAACUCUAACUCAAGCCCUGGCGGUGCUUGGUCUGGACAAUCUCCCGCAGUCAGCAGUCUUAUGAAUUUUCAGCAUGGAAAAUUAAGGAACGGCAAGAGUCGCAAAGGAUCAAAAAAUGGGCCAAUGGCUAGUAUGAUUUCCAAAUCACCUCCUACUGUGCGCAAUGUCGAAAGUGGCUAUUUUAACAGGCCAAUGACGGUUGACAAUAUUCAUUCGAGGAGAGAAAGUAUAAGCUGGGCUGCAAACCAAUUACAUAUAUCAGGAAGGGAAAGUGAUGAUGGUGCUUUAAAGUCGACAUUGGAGAAUGUGGAUGGGAUGCCUAGUACGCCUGGAAAGGAUGGACAACGAGGGGUUAUUCGCAGACCGGUGACUAGGAGGGGAAACAUGCUACCCAAAACAAAAACAUUUGCGCGGAUCAAAGCAGCUCUCGCUGAAGAGAGCGCACCAAUCGAAACGGAAGUUCGUCGAGAAGCAGAAGUCGUCCGCCAAACCCGCGAAAGUGAUAUGGACCUCGAACCUUCCCGUCAUCCCUCUAUAUCAACAACAGAUACUACACGCUCAUCACCAAUACUUAGCGCAACACAGGAGUUUCUAGAAGGAAUGACUGAAGAUGAUGUAAUGGCCGAUGCAUCCAGUUCUCAACUAUCCAGUAGCUUCAAGCAACAAGCCAUUCGCAACUCAAAAGGAAAAGAGUUCUGGGAAUCCUUUAGCGAUGAUAACAAUCGCACGCCACCACCGCCCAAUUUUAAUCCUCGCGGUUCCACCGCAGGCAUGAAUGACGAUAUAUCAUUAGAGUCCCAUCUUUCCACGCCCCUACAUCUCCACCGCAGUAACUCCGAUUCCUCUCCAUCCCGCUCCUCCACCCCUCAACCAUCAGAACCCAUACGCAAAAUCACGCAUAAACGUCGUCGAGACGAUGACCUCGAUCCCACGAGUUUUAAGAGGAGAGCUGUUAGUCCAGGAAUGAGCGUACACAAUAGUCCUGUAAUGCAAAGUCCAAUGCAAAGGGAUAUGGCGCCUUGGGGUGCUAGACCUGGUAGUAACGGAGAGCCUGGAAACGGAAAGAGUGGGUUGGGGAAUGGUGGGACAGGGAUUGGAGGUAGGAGGGUGGGGCUUCAGGGUAUGGUGGAUACUAAUGAUGGGUUGAUGAAGAUGAGUAUUGAAUAA